GAUGUGACUGCGCUCGUGAGUCCAACGUCAACAGGAAGACAUUCUCACUUUCGAUUUGUCUCGCGGGGCAGUUUUGACGAAUAUAACGUUACGUGUGUAUAUACACGAACUUUAUCUUUACUGAGACGAAGUGAAGUGAGAACGAUGAAGAUACUCGUGUGCGCUUUCGUUGUAGGUCUGCUCUCCCUCGCCUCUUCACAAGACAAAACGUCUUCACCCAAGGUUGAGGUGUACAGCAAACUACCGGGAGAGUAUGGGAAGGUGAACACCUUAAUCUGUCACGUGACAGACUUCCACCCACCAGAAAUCAAAAUUGAGCUGCUCAGGAACCGUCAGGCCAUCCCCGGGGCCAUGCAGACAGACCUGGCCUUCGAGGCGAGCUGGCACUACCACCUCACCAAACACGUCCCUUUCACCCCGCAACCAGGAGACACGUUCAGCUGCAAUGUGACUCAUGUGGGGAUCUCCAAGAUAUAUACCUGGGAACCGGACAUGUAAGCUGUGCUCUUCGCCUUGCUCCAGGUCUGCUCAGUCAGGAGAUGAAGCUUUAAAGAAUUUGCCUGGAUUUGUUUUCAUUCUACACUUUGCACUUCUAAAUCUUACUUUGUCUCAGAAAUACCAAUGGAUAAUAUAGCUUGAUUAAAGCAGUUUAAAUUGGCCUUGUUGUCAAUGGAUUCAGGGCCAAGUGAAGAUAUUUCCAAACUUACAUUCUACAUAUUGUUUUAAGCCCGGGAGUUUAUGUGGUGUUCUUUUAUGUUCUGUAAGUUAGCAUCUUACUAACCAGCCAACUGCUAAAUUAAUAAGUUUGGUCUUUUUUGCUUUCUAGAGGGAUUUUAUUUUUAUUUCUAAUGUAGAGGCUCUGGGGUUUAGUGACUCUUUGAAGUUCAUGUAAGGAACAAAUCCAUGUUGUCACAUGGUUAAAAGAUCCUCGGUUGAGGUCUCCAAAAUAGUCGGCAUUGAGGAAAUGUAUAAGCCAUUUUAAUACAUUGAAUGAUGAUUUUGGCCUUGCGGCUUGGAACCCAGAAAGCGGCUAAAAACCUAUAUGAUUAUGACUAUUAACACUGGUGAGUAGAUAUGUUUAGUUUGCUCUUCUGUGUGCCUUUGAUGGUUGAUCUGUCAUUUAAACUUUUCUUAUUAUUAUUUUCAAUGUAAGAUUUACAUUUACAAGUGCUCUCUAAUUAUGAACACACAUGAAAUCGAGGAUUAAUCUUUGUAUUUUCCAUUCAUACUCCAGAAUGACUUCAAAACCUUGUUGAUGCUGUCUAUGGUGUUUGUACUAUAUAUAUAUAUAUCAGUGGGACAUAUUUGGCUUGGCUUGGCUCUGUAUUUGUAUUCUACACAAUAUGGUUGAUUUAGUAAAAGGUUUUCAUAACACUU